AUGUUGGAUUCCUUCUUGCUCUGCAGUGCUCUCAAUACUGUCUUUACUCUCGCCGACCUCUGGAAGUCCAUUGGACCUGUUCAAGAUGGCUUGAAAGACAAGAAUACCAUAUUCGUGCUCAGCCACCUUGCUAAUGCCACCUCCCAGACGCUCCUAGCCAUCGUUUUGAUUCUUGCGGCCGCUCUGCACUGGCCUACAUGGGACGCCGUGGCCAUCGCACGGGGUUCGCUGUUCUGUGGGGCUACGUUUGAGGUUGUCGAGAUAGCUGGAGCCAUUGACGCCCUGUACCUCCAGUCCUGGAGCACCUGGAAGAAACUCUUGCUGGCAGGCACCUGGGCCGCAUCCACGGUUGGCCUCGUGGUGACGUCUUUUUUCUUAGACAAUGAUGAUGCCACUGGAAUGUCGCUGUCCGCCGUGCUGGUCGUCAUCAACUACGGAAUCAGAUUGAACUGGGCUUGCAGGUCGAUCCCAACGCUGAGGCCCGGUCCACGAAAGCCCCGACAACGGAAUCUGCUCGACGAGAGCUCACAUACCUCGAAAAUCCUUCUGGGUGAUAGUUUGCGCUCGCUCCUCAACAUACUCACAACGUUUGCUAUAACAGCGUUAGUGGUAUCCUUCCCUGAAAAGCAGCCCUUGUUCUAUACUCUACAAAUUCUGAUUGUCAACAUGUUGCGAGCCUCGAACGCUUCCUGGAAGCUCUUGACUCGAUGGCCUCACGGGGGCCAAACGCUGGCCCCCGACAGUGACAGCGACCACUCGUCUCGGGAUGAAGAGCACGACCUUCCGCCCCAAGCGAUGCACGCCUGGUUUGCCGGAUGGUGA